CCUGCACACUCAGUCACUGAGUCACUUACGCUCGCUCCGUCACCCUGGGUACACACCCUUAGCAGGUGCUUUCUCUGGAGGUUUAGUUUGCUGUUGUGCUUUAGGCUUUUCCUUUCUGGUUUAGAGCAAUUUUGACAAAAAGCCUGGAAGGAUUUCAGGCCUUAAUCUAUAGGCUAAAUAACAGUUAUCAGAGUGAAGCAGACUAAUGGUGGGCCUGGUACCUGCUGCACCUCCAUCCUGAAUCCAGGCAUCCCAAUUAAAGUGAGACCAGGACCAGCACUGUUUCCAUCCUACCAAGGGUUUGCAUCAGGGGCAGCUGAAGCAUCUCUGCUGAGGUGGACGUUAUGUCAAACCUUGUGGGCAGUUUGUCUGAAGGAGCAGUGUAUGGACCCCGGAUUGGACUGACGGAAAACUCCCUCACCCUCAUGGAGAGAAACAGAGGCAGUGGAGAACAAUGGGACCUGGGGGAGACCAAACCAAACAUGGAAGCCUUGGAGCGAGGAGGCCUUUACUUCUCCUGCUUUGACAUGCUCUUCACUGAAGAUGCUGCAUGGCUGGUCAAACUGUCAGAGGCUUCCCCGGCGCUGGCUCUUCCCAUGACUCGCAUGGAGAGUCGGGAGGAGCCGGAGCAGUGUCCAGUGAUUGACAGCCAGGAGCAGGGACUCUCUCCUGAGCUGGAGCGGCAAGUGGAGGAGCGAUCUCUGGAGCAGGUGCAGAGCAUGGUUGUGGGAGAAGUACUGAAGGACAUCGAAACAGCCUGCAAGCUGCUUAACAUCACACCAGACCCAAUGGAGUGGAACAUGGGGAACGUUCAGAAGUGGCUGCUCUGGACCGAACACCUGUACAGACUGCCUCAUGCAGGAAAAGCCUUCCAGGAGCUGACUGGGAAGGAUCUGUGUGCAAUGAGUGAGGAGGAAUUCCGCCAGCGAUCCCCACAGUGUGGAGACACGCUCCACGCACACCUGGACAUCUGGAAGUCAGCUGCUUGGAUGAAAGAGAGGUGCUCACUUGGAGACAACAAAACUACUGCCAGCGAGGAGCUGUGGUCCGAGGCAGAUUCGUCAUGUUCAGGACAACCCAUUCACCUGUGGCAGUUCCUCAGAGAGCUCCUGCUCAAACCGCACAACUAUGGACGCUGCAUCCGCUGGCUCAACAAAGAAAAAGGUAUUUUUAAAAUCGAAGACUCAGCUCAUGUGGCCAGACUGUGGGGGCUCAGGAAGAACCGACCCGCCAUGAACUAUGACAAGCUGAGCCGCUCCAUUCGUCAGUACUACAAGAAGGGCAUCAUCAGGAAGCCUGAUGUGUCCCAGAGACUGGUGUACCAGUUUGUUCACCCAGUAUGAGGGAUGACAGACGGAGGAGGAGCAGGUGGAGGUGGAAAAAUGCUUUAGACCAUAGACUCUCACUUGAUUCAUUAACCCCUAAAAUGAAAGGUGGGAAGAGAUGUGCACUGACUGUCCUCAACGCCACAGUCAGUGCUUUAGAAGCGGCUGGCUGCUGCAGCAGCGAGGAGGCUGUUCUGUGUGGGCGCCGUGAGCAGCACACGUCCUGCUGGUCCUGCUGCAGAACCCAAUGAAUGCAUAGAGAUUAACCCUUGUGCUAUCUUAGAUGACCCCACCCUUACAUUGAGGUGUUAUUCCUACCAUGACAAAGGUGGAUAAAGGUGGAAAGAUUUCAUGUAAUCCAUGGACACCAGUGAAGAUCACAAAUCAUUGAAGAAAAAAAGUUCAGCGCACUGUCUAGUGGGUCUAGAUGACCCAACUCCCAACGUUAAAGUGCCUCGGAUAGCACAAGGGUUUCACAGAUUCAAAUAAACAAACUGCUUUAUUGUUUGCCUAACCUGACUGUUUAUCUUUUCACGUGACUCAGACUAAAAAAAACAACAACGCUUUUCUGAUGAAGCUCAACGCAAACCCCUCCCCCAUCUGCAGCUUUUGUUUUACGUCAUGCAUUUUCACCGUCAACAGAUGAACGCCGUGUCCUUGAACGUCCCAAGCUGCAGGAUGCAGCUCCUUCUUUACUAUGUUUCUCAUCACAAAAGUUCAAAAGACGACACUGAUAUCAUCAAACCCCUCUGUGGUGAUAACUUGUAUUUUUGCUUUUUAAAAGUGGUGAAUUCUAUAAUAAAACUGAAAACAAAAAAUGUUUCCUGCCCACGCAGCUUUACGCAACCUUUGCUUUCAUAUUGUUAGAGUUUAGGAUCCAAUGUGAUAAGAUAAACAGUAAAGUGACAACUACUCUAAAUAAAUCCUGUAUUCUUUUUUUUUUUAGUUUGAUGCAACACUAAUGAUGUUUUAAAAAUAAUACAAAAGCAACAAUAUUAAUAAAAUAUGUUCCCAUAUUGUUUUUAUGUUCGGCAACACAAGACAUUUCCCUUAAUUUAGAAAAAAAAAUGUUUUUGCAUUCAGACGUUGUUUUGCGGCACAGCAUUCAGCCUCAGAGAGACAAAAGUAAUGUAAAAAAUAAAAGCAGAACACAAAUAAGCAAAUAAUUUGCUGUGCAUAUUCAUUUUUUUAAUAGUUUCUAAAACAGUUGUUCUUCAAGUUGAGUUUUAUUAAUGACCUUUUUUUUUCUUUAGGUUUCUCACAACUCUGUACUUUUUUUUUUUGCAGAAAUAUUUAAACAAUCAUACUUCCUGUCAAAGUCACACAGGACUCAAAUUGUGAUUGUAUAAUAAACUAUUUUAUCAUCAUUAUAGUUAAGUCUUUAUUUUUAAAGGAAGCUUUUGCUCGACCCUCUGGCAGUUUUUAAAAUGUGAUACCUUUGCCAGUUGUCAUUUGAAGUGAACAAGUACCAGAAGUGGAAAGUUAGUUUCCAGUCAACGGAUCUUUUUUUUCUUAGUUUCAGCUGCAAAAUUUUAAAAAAAACUGCUACUUUGAUAGAAAUAUAGUAGUUCUUAAGACUACCUGUAACUAAUAACCUGUUUGAGCAGCUGUCAGUGAGAUAAAUGAAAGACAAACAAAAACUGAUCAAAAAUGUACACAGUAAAGCCACUUUUCUUUUCCAUUGCUGAAGUAUUUCCUGUAAUGUGUAGAAGGAAGCAAAAAGUAAAAGACAGACCAGGCAGGAAACAAUGGAAACUACUGUCAUCUGUAAAUGUAUGCAUAGCUGAGAAACAAACAGCAAUAAACAAAUGAGGUUUUGCACAAAUUGUA